AUGCUCACUCAGGUGCGAGGAAUUCAAAGGGUUUUCGCUCACGGAGACGAGGGGAGAACUUGGCUUGCAACAAGCACUUCGCAACUUGCACUUCCUUUGCUUUCAACUCAGAUUUUCUUUGCGUUUGCCAAGACGCCUCAUGCGAUGCGCCAACGACUAACACUUCUCAUUUUGUACUAUGUCAAAGCUGUCAACUCCAUGGGCCAACCUGAGCCUUUGGGGCUGAGUCAUGCAGUCAAUGAAGCUGAAGAAGUUCCAGUGGCUACAAUGGCAGUUGAUCGAAGUGCCAUGAGCAGUCAUAAUCCUUUGAGCCCCAAAAUUAGUACACCCGGAACAUCUCAAAUGCUGGAUUCUCAAACCACCCAGGAAGAUAAGACUGGGCAAAUUGGCACUAUCACUUGGCCCGUGAACGAAAGCCCGCCUCAUGAAGUACCCGAAGAACGUGAGAAUAAGCCACCUGGGUCAUUGGAGUCAAGUCGUGCAACAGAUCACGCCGAAGAAGGAAACCCAGUUCCAGCGGCUACGACGGGAGUUCAUCGGGGCACCAUGAACAGUGAUAACCCGCUGAGCCCCAAAAGCAGCGUGCCUGGCGUAUCUGAUCAAUUCUCUCAAAACGCUCAGCAAGAGAAUAAUAGGCGAGUUGACCCUAUCCAAUGGCCCGUGACAGAGAAGCCGUCUGAGGUACCCGAAGAACGUUGCUGGGGCUGA